UACGUAUUAUUAUUAUUAUUAUCAUUAUUAUUAUUAUUAUUAUUAUUAAUAUUAUUAACAGUUAGUAUAUAUGCUAUACGUAUACGAACAAAACGGAACCGAACGCCUAUUUUGGUGGAAUGGGAAUCGCUCCACUUCGGUUCAAUGCGAUAUUUUGCUUGGGUUUAAACACGAUAGAAAUUAGGUUUUAAACUCUAUUUUCGUUCACCCAAAACAGAGAACCAACGAGAGAGAGAGACAGCACGUAUACGGCGUAUACGGUACCGAAAACUUUCGUUUCUUCAAGCGGAGUGAAACCUGGGUGAACGUGGGGGUUUGGGAUCACUUAUAUACGACCUAAGGAAGCCUUUUAACGUGGUAUAAGGGGCGGAAGUCGUCGUUUUGAGAUUCGCCAUUUUUGAAGCUUCAAAGGUGCGGCUUAGUUACGGACUCGAAUUCGAACGUGUUUAAGCUUGUUCUUGGGUCAAGGGAGGUUAUAUUUGAGUGCAUGGGACCCUAAGGAUUGUUUUUGACGUAAGAAAACGAAGCUUUAACGUCCAAAACGAAAAUCCAAAAUUUUGGACUCCAUUAAAGACGGUACACCGCCAACGAAGAAGACAACCCCGAUCUGCCUUCUCGGACCACUUUUCUUGAUCGUUUUGAGGUCCUGAGCAUUGUGGAGAGCUUCCCCAAUCGAAAGGACGCUUCAAGAGCAAUCGGAGACAAAGUUACACUUUACCGGCGACGAAACCGACGAGAACGCCGGCGACCGCGUUCUGACCGUUUCUGAGGAUCUUGUUCUCAACAAGGAAAUUCGUUGAGGUGCUCGAGGUAGCAAGUGUGGUCUUAGCAACUGAGGAGUUUAGAAAUGCCUCCUAGAAGGUCAGUUAGAGUGGGUCGAGGUCGAGGUCGAGGCCAAGGCCAAGGCCGAGAUGAUGGAGGGAUCAAUGAACCACCUCAAGCACCACAGGGAUGGGAAGAGCGCAUUGCCGCACUGGAAGGAAUCAUUCAUAGGCAGGAUGAGGAACUUCGUCAGCUGAGACGUCAACCGGAGCCGCCAGUCCAAAUAAGGCAGGAUGCAGAAAAUAGAGACCCACCAGCUGCAGUGGUAUAUCCUGCUAUAGAGGCUAGACAUGAGUUGUUAGCAGAGAGAUUUCGGAAACAACACCCACCUGAGUUUGAGGGAGGCAUAGACCCGGUAGUGGCUGAGGAGUGGAUAAGUCGCAUAGAAAGCAUUUUGCAGAUGCUAAGGGUGGAUGGGAAUGACCGAGUGAAGUGUGCAUCUUACAUGCUGAGGAAAGAUGCUCAUAUCUGGUGGGAGGUGGUGGAACAAACAAAGGAUGUAGAUACCAUGAACUGGGACGAUUUCAAAAGGGUCUUUAAUGAGAAGUAUUAUAACUCAGCAGUUCUAGCAGCAAAGGUCGAUGAAUUUACCGGGUUAGUCCAAGUGGAGUCUUAUCGUGAUCGAGUAUGCACAAAAAUUUGA